AGACUAGUGAACGAGUGCGUACUAUUUUAGUAUACUCUGUAGAACGGCAGUAUGCGAAAGCACGGAAACACAAGGUAUUAAACCGCUUCUGAUAGCUGUAGACGUUAUUAUUACAAAUAAAGUGCUGCAUGCUGAUUUAUGGCACUUAUUUUGUAAAGACGUAACUUUACAAUUUGUCAACCGGAUAUGAGUAAAGUUUCGUUUCCUGGCGCGUGACUUGAAACUGACACUUUGUGAGGUGAGCAUGUCAGACCAGUGCUGCAUCAUGUCUGCACGUGUGGAUGAAGCGAUCAGACUCUGCAGAGCAGAGGAGCUAAAACUAACCGAAACUAUCCAGCAGUAUAAAGACAUUUUACGCUCCAUGAAAACACGUGUGAAAGACAGCAGUGAAGCAGAAACGCCGACCAGCGGGAAAGAUAAUGACAUUCCUUUGAAAGAGAGACAAGAGGUUGAGCUCCUAGAACAAGUUCUGAAAAAGGCUUUGAAAAUCCGCAGCAGCUCUGCAGUUGGCUCGAAUUACCAAGAAAAGGCAUGUUCAAGUGGCAGUGCUAGAAAUGCUCCUGCUGUUAAUGACAGUGAUAAAAGAAACCCACAAAAGUCCUUAUUGUCCUUUGAGGCGAAAGGAAGCUGUCAGCGUGCAGGACAUUUAAAAAGCACUGCUGGCUGUGGAGACAGUGGUACACGGAAGGUUCUGGGCAAAAGAGUGCCAUCAUCUCGGUCGGCCAUCAAAGGGAAGCAGUCGGGCAUAAAACCUUUUAUGACACAGAAAACUACAGAAGUCAAUCUUCAGAUAAAGUCCAGUCAGAUGACCAGAUCUUCCCUAGAACCAGACAGAGCUAAGAAAGUUGGUUUAUCAUCUUCAGAAGAGAGGACUUCUUCAGAUCAAAAGAUAAAAAUGCAAAGUGAAGAAUCAGCUACUAAAGAGCAUUGGGUACCCUCUCCUUCCUUACCUUUAUGGCAGGCACAACGGGCCAAAAAGAACAACCUGUGGAGUAAAGUUUUCACCAGACAUUCUAAGCCUGUACCAGACAGAGACCACUUUAAGAAGAGACUUAUUAGUACUUUUCCGUCAGAAUGGGCUUCUGUCCACAUAGCAACCAUGGAAGCAGAGCUGGAUGUCCUUACGCAGCUAGGGCUGGACCUGACUCACUGCUAUAAUGCUGAGCUCCAAAGCCACCAAAUGGGAUGGAGUCCAGAACCAUCCACAGAGAAGGAAUAUGAAUCUGUACUAAUGCUGGCAGGCCUGGAAAAAAUGAUGAGCCAGGUCAUUAAGGAAGCUGAUUGCCUCAAAAAAGAUUGGGAGAGGAAGAUGGCAUGGUGGCACGGGGCAUUGUGUCCACUGCGCAGCAGGGUCGAGUGGCAGCCCUCACCGCAACCCUGCCUGCCCCCAUUACUGACCUAUAGCAGCAAAGGCGAGCUAGAAGAUCUGCAUAGUCUGAGACUACAGGUAGCUCAACUGAAGCUGGAGAUCCACAUGCACCAGGCCAUGUGUGAUACACUCCUACAUCUGAUCUGUGAUUCCUCCUCAUCUGGCCGUCUGAGUGCUACAGCCCUACGUGCUGUGUAUUCGCUCCUGGGAGAGGGAGGUACUCAAUUUCCCAGCCUGGUUUUGGACAUUGAUUCAACUCAAACCUGAAGAAAGAUGACCUUAAUUUUCCAAUCGAGUGGACAAAGUAAUGAAACUGGACUGAGUUAGGCCCUUUGAACUCUUUUGCAUACUGUCCUCCUACACCAGAGGAUUUUUUGGUGUAUGUGUUCGACAGAUGUCUGCUCAAAUGCCUCUUAUCUGCUGGGUUAAAUACUGACAGCCAAGAUCCUGCAGCUGCUUGGAUGUAGCAGGAAUAAAGCUGCCAGCUGCCGUUCACAGCUGUCCUUCCUCUACUUACCGCCAUUUUAAAUCACCGCACUACAGGAGUUGAUUUGGAGGCCCAUCAGCAGCUUUUACAUUUCAAGCAUCUAUAUUCCAAUGACUGGUAAUAUAAAUGUUGUGGGUCGUGUCUCAUGAGUCAUGUUUUGCUGAGGUUUUACCAGCAGAGAGCACCAUGUUACAAAUUAGUUUGAAGAUUAGGUUAAGCUGUGACUGCCCUCCUGAUUUGAACUUUUUGCCAUGACAUGGAUUGUUCAACUGAAGGGCUUGUUAAAUAGCUGAUAAAUUAAACUGUGUGUGUUGAGCAAGCAAAGCACCAAAACAUGCAACAUGGAAGCACUUGGAUUGAGGGCUUCUCGAUAGUGCCUGAAAUAGUCGUCACAAUUUUGCAGUGAAUUUGGGAAUAAAUUAUAGGUUUAUUUUACUUCUGCACUUUAAAUCUCCAGAGGACACUCACUGAGUUUUUAUAAUCCUAUAUCCUAUAAGUGUGCAAACCAUGUAAAAAUAAGAAUUUCUAAACACAUAGAAAGACAGUCUGACUACAAAUAAAUAUGACUUCCCCAUCUCACUCAGAUAUAUUCUGUCUUUGAACAGUGAAGCCCAUUUUUUAACUCUUCUGUGGACCUAAAGUAUUACUGCAUACUCAUAUUACAUACUAUAUUGCAAACGCCAAUAAAGGCUUUAUAAAAUAGGCAUCACAUAAUUAGGUAUACCGAAUUUUUCAUUUCCUGUUAUUUUUGAAUAGGGAGAAUACAGUCUUAUUCUACAAUUGAAUUAAAACAGAAUAAGACUGCAAUGUUUUUGGUCUGCUGGUAUUCUAAUAUAUCUAGGAAAUAUGUCCGUAAGAACAAAUUGCUCAUCAAAUACAUAAGGGUAAUGUAGAAUCGCAAUUCAUAUAUUGACACUUACAGGGUGUUGUUGAUUAGUCUGCACUGUGAUGUUUGCACAUCGUAGUGUCUGUGUAAUCAUGUAUAUUUUUUUUUCAGCACAAUGAACCAAUUUUUAAUCAUUUCUAUGGUUACAAAGAAGACAUGAAUGACACAUUGGUUUUAAUGCAUCGUUAUAUGUCUACUACAUAGGUUUUAUGCACAGCAUAGUUUUAACAUGCUGCCAGCUCAACAGUGUGACUCAUCCCCCUCUUUGCAAUACAAUGAAAGUCUGAUUCGUCAUCAGUGUAGAGUGUACGCAGUGUGAUCAAUGCUCUCUGUGCCUUCUAUGAGCACUUUAUUUAUGCCAGACUCUUGUAGGUGAAAGUGAGAUCCUGGCCAUGUAGGCUGGUCCAGACGGGGGGGACAGGUGGUGCUGGUGGGAGCCUCCUCCAACCCCUACGCACUCCUCCUCUCUCAGUGACUCACUCAGAAAAGGGGGAAACCAAAAGAGAGCAAAACAAAGUGGACAAACAACAGAUGAGACACCCACCCCAUACACAUGAGCUCACUCAUGUUCAAGUCACCAUGCUCAUCCUUAUAUCAUCAAUCUGUUCUGAUUUAAAUGAGAGAAAGUCAUGGUAGGGGUCUAUACCUGUAGUUCCUGUAUGCAAUCAGGGAACAAGAUGAUGUGAUACUGCUUCACGGUGCCAAAUUUCAAGUGAUCUAUAAAGCCUCCAGUCAAGAUCUAUAAUGUGUCUCAAAGGCAUUAAUGAGUGUUUGUUUGAUGCAUUGCUCUCUCACUGCUUAUUAUUAUUGAUUUUUGGCUCACAUACUCUGGGCUGCCAGAUUUCCCUAACCUCUACAUUCUGAUUUGUUACAGAAAUCCAUUCUGUAUAUUUUAUUUUAAAUGAAAUAUAUAAAUAUAUUGUGUAACAUGAUGUGGGGUAAGUUUUGUGAGUAACGUUUUUAAAAUGUGAGUUUUCAAAAUAAUUAACCUGAACAUUUAAAGCAAAAAACUGCACUUAAUUCUUGUCAAAACCUACAGCUCUGCUUUGUACUUUCAUCUGUGAGUGUACACACCAGUUCUCAGGAGGAUCCGCA